GAGGCUGCGGAGGCUGCGGGAGCCCAUGGUCCCCACCCUGCGCGGGGCAGCUCUUCUCCCGCAGCCGGCCUGCUAUGUGUGACUGAUCACCGCAGCUGGAGGGGACAGCCUGGGAAGAGAGAUGGACAGUCAGCCGAGCGGUUGGAAGGAUAAGGUUGUUGACCUCCUUUACUGGCGAGACAUUAAGAAGACAGGAGUGGUGUUUGGUGCCAGCUUGUUCCUGCUGCUUUCAUUAACAGUGUUCAGCAUCGUGAGCGUGGUAGCUUACAUCGCCUUGGCCCUGCUUUCCGUGACCAUCAGCUUUAGGAUAUACAAGGGAGUUAUCCAGGCAAUCCAAAAGUCUGAUGAAGGCCACCCAUUUAGGGCUUACUUGGAGUCUGAUGUAGCUGUGUCUGAAGAGCUUAUUCAGAAAUACAGUAAUGUUGUGCUUGGUCAUGUUAAUGGCACAGUCAAAGAGCUGAGACGUCUCUUCCUAGUGGAUGACUUAGUUGAUUCUCUGAAGUUUGCAGUGUUGAUGUGGGUGUUCACUUACGUUGGUGCCUUGUUUAAUGGUCUGACAUUACUGAUUCUGGCUUUGAUUUCGCUUUUCAGUGUUCCUGUUAUUUAUGAGAGACAUCAGGCCCAAAUUGACCAUUAUUUGGGACUUGUGAACAAGAAUGUCACAGAUGCAAUGGCCAAGAUCCAAGCAAAGAUCCCUGGGUUGAAGCGCAAAACUGAGUAAAAAGCCUGAAGCAACUGAUGGAUAGGAAGUUCGUCUUUUAAGGGGGAAAAAAAUACUCAUUUAGAUUUACAUGGGGAGGGUCAGGGAAUAGCAAAACCCUUGACAUUGCAGUGCAAUUUCACAGAUCUUUAUUUUUUAGCAACGCAGUGUUUGAGGAAAAAUAACUGUUCUGACUGCCAUGUGUUUCAUCAUCUUAAGUAUUGUAAGCUGCUAUGUAUGGAUCUAAAACUAAUCAUCUUUCUUUAUCCUGUGUGCAGCACUGGCUAAUAAAAAAGAUUUGAGAAAGCUGUACAUUUUGCUUCACCAGAGGUAGUCCCUGCUGCGUUCCAGAAGAGGUGUAGUGCAGGUGGAGUGGAGGAGAACACUUCCCAGUUUGUGCACUGUGUAUGGUCUGUGUAGAUUGAUGCAGAUUUUCUAAAAUGAGAUGUUUUAGAAGAAUAUACCAUUUUAGCAAGUUUUGAAAAAUCUUGCCUUUUUGGUAUGAGUAUAGCUGUAUUGUGAUUUUAUUGUUUUAUCAAUUGCCAAUAUAUAUAUAUAUAUGUGUUUCACAAAGCUUAGAUCUUUCAGCUGCUCCACAGUGCUUCAUACUUCAGAGAAUUGACUGAGUUCUGGACUAGCUCCAUAGCACACAAGCUUGAAAAACUAAACUGUCUCAAACACUAGCAUCUCUUUAAAAAAACCAAAACCCACAACAAACAAAAGAGAAAAGAACAAAGGAACAUUCAUGUAUAUUAAAAUUACAGCAUACACUUUGUUGCACAAACGUACAGUAGCUGAUUCUGAGCAAAUAAUUCUACAGUCUCUCAAACUCUGAUAAUCUGUGGACCGAAUAUCUAAUGCUGCAAAUGUUGUUUGGAAACUUAAACAUUGUUAUGCAAGGAAUGAUGAAUGAAAAUUUAUACACUUGCAGUUUAAGCUGUAUUGAACUAAGUCUGUGGAAUGCAUUGUGAAAUGUAAA